AGUGGGUACAUAGUAGUGGGUGAGGCCGAUUGCGGCGGACUGGACCCCGUUGCACUUGCAGUCAAUGCAGUUGCAGCAGUGGCCAUGGCAUCUUUGCAUGCACAAUGUCGUUUUGGUGCCAGCCAAUCACGAGCCUAACGAUUACCCUGCAGCAUAGGGCUGGGGGCCAGCCAAUGGGGAGCGGGGACUGCUUCAAGUUGGGGUCUGUUGAAAUGGAAAUACGAAUUACCAUGGCCACGACGUCAACGACACUCCCGUCACAACCGAACGCCCAUGCAAGCUUGGGUUGAAACAACAAGGUGAAGUAAAGUGUAGUGGAACAAACAGUUUGGCAGAUGAGGUCAACUGUGCAACUGUACCUUGCUUGCUGUGCCAGACAAGAUCUAUGACGGAAUAGCUUACCCUAGGUGCCUUGAUUGCUAGGCGAGCCAAGGAAGGCUGGCAGCUAUGGACAAGCCGGAAAACCAAACAGGCCCAUCGGCUCAAAAAGGGGUUCGUGAUGUACCACCGCCACCACCACCAUCACCGGUUCGGCAUCCCGAAGUCAUCUCGGCCCUGUCCCGAGACGUGCUGCACCUGCUGCUCGCCUUCCGCUUCAUCAACGCGCUCUGCGUGCGCACCUUUUUCCAGCCCGACGAGUACUUCCAGGUGCUGGAGCCGGCAUGGCGCCUGGCCUUUGGAAGCGAGAGCGGUGCCUGGCUGACCUGGGAAUGGCAGCACCAGCUGAGGUCGUCACUGCACCCCGUCCUGUUUGCCGCCGUCUACAGGGCCGCAGACGCCCUCAUGGCAUAUAUGAGUCUGUUCCCCCCUUUCCGCGCCAUGAUGCUGGUCGCCCUACCCGGCGUCGUCCAGUCAGUCAUCGCCGCCUUAGGUGACUACUACACCUGGAAGCUGGCCACCGCCAUCUUUGGCCGCGAGAGCAAUGCCCCGUGGGCUGCCCUCUGGAUGACCGUCUUCAAUCCGUGGCAGUGGUAUUGCUCCACGAGGACCUUCUCCAACUCGCUCGAGACUACCCUGACCAUAGCCGCCCUCACCCACUGGCCAUGGGAGCUUCUUGGCGACGCAAAGACCACCAAGGAUGUCCCGCUGCAACUGAGGAGCCGAGUUAACAGUCUCCGCGUGUCGCUGCUUCUUGCUGCCGUGGCUGUGAUACUUCGGCCAACAAACAUAUUCAUCUGGCUUAGCAUCAUCGGCUCCACCCUCACUCGACCGACACUGGCCGGCCAAUCUCCACUCCAAAGGGCAUCCUUAGUUGUUCUUUUCCGAGAAAUCCUUGUCUGCGGCACCGCCGUCCUGGCCCUGUCUGUGCUAUCUGACCGCCUGUAUUUCGGUUUCUGGGCCUUCCCCCCCUACAAGUGGCUCUACUUCAAUGUCUCGCAGUCCCUUGCCGUCUUCUACGGCCAAAUGCCCUGGCACUACUACCUCGUCCAGGGCAUCCCACUUCUCACAACCACCUUCCUCCCCUUUGCUCUGAUCGGUCUGUACAAGGCCGCCCUGUCCUCCAAGAACCUCGCCAUGCUCCAGUCCAACAUCCUCAGCACGCUUUCCCUUUCCGCCCUAGCCAUGAUGGCCGUGCUGUCCGUCAUCUCGCACAAGGAAGUCCGCUUCAUCUACCCGCUGCUACCCAUCCUACACAUUGUUGCCGCCCCAUACAUCACGUCCUUCUUCACGGUCAGACCCACCGCCCCUGUCGACGCUGACAGUGGCGCGACACAGCCGCCGCCGCCCACCACAUCCCCACGGCCCGUGAAGCUCCGCCGCACCUUUCAGCUUGCAAACAUACUUUCCAUCAACCUGCUGCUGGCAGGUUAUCUGUCCUUGUUCCACCAAGCGGCCCCCAUCUCGGUCAUGAACUUCCUCCGCGCCGAGUUUGAGCGCAUUCACCCAGACUAUCUUGCCCUGGGCCAUGAAGCCGCCAACCUGUCGUCACUUGCAUCCACGCCAACAAACCCUGGGACAAGCAUUAACGGCGACCACGGCGGGCACCUCGAGCUGUUUGUCCUAUUUCUCACGCCCUGCCACUCCACGCCCUGGCGCUCGCACCUCGUCUACCCGGCCCUGCGCGCGCGCUCUCUGACGUGCGAGCCGCCGCUGCACACGGCGCCGGACAGCGCCGAGCGCGACGACUACCUAGACGAGGCGGACCGCUUCUACGCCAAGGACGAUCACGGAUGCUACAGUGACUACGGCUCUCAGUUCCUGGCCAACGAAAUGUUCCCCUCGGUGAGCGAGGGCAACGAUGGCGAGGACGACAGCGGGGAAAAGAAGACGCCCCAGCACCGCGGCGGCGAAAUCCCCCGCUACAUUGUCGGCUUUGAGGGCAUCGAGAGUACGUUGCGCGACUUCUUCGGCGAUGGCAUGCUACACGCCAUGGGAGGGACACUGAAGCACAUCAAGUGGUUCGAUAACGGCGCCUUCAACGAGGACUGGCGCCGCCGCGGCCGGCUCUCCGUCUGGAGCACCGGCGUCCACCCGGGCUCGGCUAGAGGAGUGCAUAUGAUGACAUGGGCCCACCCCAGGAAAGAUCCAGCGCUGGCAUCAACUGAAACAAAUCAAAUCUGAGACUAUAUUUGGUUGAGUUUGACCCCAAACAUGGGACAUUUGGUUGACCGGUAGGCCAGUAUUUGACUGUUUUGAGUUGGAUAUAUUUGAGUUGGUGCCGGCGCUGGUUCAGAGAUCUAGAGGACGAGUCGAAGGGCGAGCUAAAGCUGGAGGACGAGCUAAAGCUGAAGGACGAGCUAAAGCUGAAGGACGAGCUAAAGCCGAAGGACGAGCUGUAAAUAGAGAGGGACAGCGUAUGUUCUUUGUUUUUAUAUGUGUUUGAUUGUAUGAUAACCAAGUGUUGCGAGCGAGGCCGAGUAUCGUUUACUUGUUGUAACAAGGCGGUUGCGGCCGAAAAGCUACUGUAUAUACAUACUUCAUAUCUCUGUUGUGGUAAAUCUAACACCGUAGGAGGCUAAAAAUAGAAGAAAAAAACAAACUGAUACCCAUGGUCAAGAACCA